AUGCCGUUGUUUGAUCCUGUGGAUGAACCCAAAGUUAAAUCGUGGUUGGUAGGAAUUUUGAAAGAACUUUGUCCUGCCGAUCCAGAGUUGUUGGCCGAUUACGUGAUUGCACUCAUACGAGAUGUAUCUGAUUACUCAACAGUUUCCGCCACUUUGAAAGAGCAGUUGAGUGAAUUCUUGCAAGAUAGUGUUGAUAAUUUUGUGGAGAGGUUUAUCACAUACUUAAAGUCGCAUCAACAAAAAGCCACUCAAAAGCCACAGCAACCAAUUGCAAAACCAAUAACUACUCCCCAACAACAACCUUCAUCAGCUGUUCCUUCACCAACAACAACAACCACGAACGAAAAAAAGCGAGUGAAAGAGGAAGAGGAAACACGAGACACUAAGAAAGUGAAAACAUCAUUGACUACUUCAUCAACUCCAUCAAAGGAUACCUCAAAAUCAAGAGCUGAAUCUUCCGAUAGCAAAUCAAAAUAUUCUCGAGAAAUCAAAGAUUACGACACUGAAAGGAGGCGUGAUGACAAAAGAAAAGAUUCUCGAGACAAUCGUGAUAACAGAAAAGACUCUAGAGAUUCUCGAGACUCAAGAGACAGCUAUGACAAAAGAGAGACCCGAACAACAAACAAUAGAGAAAGCAAAUACAGCAAGGAUGGAAAAAAUCAAGACAAACAAUCCUCCGACAAGGAGUUUAAAAAGAAAAUUACAGGAGAUGUUAUCAAAGAUUCAUAUGGCAAUGAUAUUGUUGUACUGAAUAAGGACAUCUUGACCGAUCCAUCCUCUGCAAGAUUGCCAUCCGUGAAUACUAUCAUGCUAACUGAUGUCCCAUUUGAAUUGAAUCGUCUUCACAAAUUAACAGCUGCUGAAAUGAAAUUGGAACAUGGCUCAUCAGAAAAGGAAGAAAAUCCAGAACUAAAAACAGAGGUCUUGAAACAAACUUCUGAAGUUACUAAGAAGGCAGAAGAAGUUCUCUCUAAGCAAUUAGAAAUGUACAAGGAUUUGGAAAAGAAACUUGAAAAAGCUGAAGGAGAUCAAAAGAAGCAAUUAGCUGAGAUUAUGAAACAGCUCUCCAAAACCAUUGAAGAGACUUUAGUGCAUCAAAAGAACAUUCUUGGCAAGGCUCAAGAAAUUGGAAAAACAAAGCUUGAACAAAAACUCGAAUUCUUCAAGAGAAAGAAGGAAGAGCUCAAAGAUCAAAGUCUCGACGAAGGUCUCAAACAAAUCACGGAAGCUAGUCCAUCAUUGGCCUCUUCUUCAGCAGGAAGAGAGGCUCCAACACUUAGAGGCAGAGGUGCUGCAUUGGUUGCUGGUAGAUCUCUCGUCAAGGACAACAAAUCGACCACAUUGUACGUGACCAAUAUUCCUGAGAGUAAGAGAAACCUAGAUGACAUUCGUUCUCAUUUCUCAAGAUUUGGACAUGUGGAGAAUCUUGAAGUUUUAAACGAUGGUGCAUGUCUUGUGAAAUAUCGAUUCCGUUCUGAGGGAAUCAAGGCAUCCAAGGAAGGAUCUGUACUUGAUGGAAAUACUUUGGAGUUCAAGUGGAAAGAGGAGCCAAAACCUAAUUCAGCAUCAAACGCCACUACAUCAGAAGCAGCAUCGACAAGUAGCACUACCGCCACGGCCACCACAACUACUCAAUAA